UGUCGCGGAUUCUGCUUCCGUUUCGCACAGGAAGUGAUUCCCCUCAUAGAUAGCCGCAGUAGCCUCCGACGCUUUUCUGUCGUUUUGCGCUACAAUUUUUCUCAUCUCGGUGGAGGAUUUACCCUUAAAAUCCACCGCCAUCAUGAAACUCGUCAGGUUUUUGAUGAAACUGAGUCAUGAAACAGUCACCAUUGAGCUGAAGAAUGGCACGCAGGUCCACGGCACCAUUACAGGUGUGGAUGUCAGUAUGAACACUCACCUCAAGGCUGUGAAGAUGACCCUCAAAAACAGAGAGCCCACUCAGCUGGAGUCUCUCAGUAUCCGUGGCAACAACAUCCGCUACUUCAUCCUGCCGGACAGUCUUCCUCUGGACACGCUGCUGGUGGACAUCGAGCCCAAAGUCAAGUCAAAGAAGAGAGAGGCCGUGGCUGGCCGUGGGGGGCGAGGAAGAGGACGGGGUCGUGGCAGAGGAAGAGGACGUGGACGCGGCGGGCCGAGGAGAUGAAGCUCUCAAGCCACUGUACAUUUGUGCGCUCUGUACAGCUUUUUUUUUCUUUUCAUUUAGAAAAUAUUUUGAUUUACAUUUGUUUGAAUUUUGUACAUUAAAUUCAUUUCUUUUGAAAAACUGUUUUUGAGUCUUUUGUUGAGCUGCUGAGCUGUUUGUACUGAUCAUAAGGCAGAAAUGUUUCUGCAAAGGUGUCUGGUUAUUUUUCUACAUUCAUGUCAAUAAACUGCUUGAUUUAUCUC